AUGGGUUUGGGGGCAAUUGUGAAAUAUGAUCGGGUUAUUGCAGCAGCCCUCGGUGGAGAGGUGAAUUUCUAUUGCAACUUCUCGCUCUCGAUAGAUGUUUUGCAAGUUACCUGGCAGAAGAGAAAUGGGUCUUCCUUCCAGAACAUAGCCACGUACAGCUCAAACCAUGGGCUGAGGCUGAUAGGGCCGUUUCAGAAGAAGGUGCGUUUCACUAGAGCAACCCUGAACGCCUCAGCUAUCACACUCCAAAAUCUCACAUUUGAGGAUGAGUCCUAUUACAGAUGCAUUUUCAACGUGUUCCCUCAUGGGUCUUUCACGGGAGACAUAUGCCUCAACAUCCAAAGUAAAAAGAGAAACACAAAUAGGUCAGGAGUGAAAACGCUGGGUUUUGGUUCCCCCAAUCCCAGGGAAAUACUGAAGAGAUGUAAUACAUCCAGAACACCUGCAAAGGAGGAAGGUGUACACCAAGACCUAAGCGAGAAAGCCGUGAGCCUGCACACGCCGAAGGAACAGCACGUCGUUUCUCAAAACGAGGAAGCAGAGGACCUGAACAGCAGCGUCCAAGGCGUGUUUGAGAGGAGAUUUGUUGGGUUAGGUGUCAAGGAGCUCGGCUGCACACCCGUGGAGGAGGACAGAGAGGCAACAGCAGUGGGGGAGUCCCCCAGCACAGGAGGACAGACAUCAGCCCACUGAACGUCCAUCUCCACAAGCCCAGAGGAGCACAGGGAUCCAAGGGCAG